GAAUACGCUAUAUUUCAUUCAUAAUCUCGCCUCCUUACAAACUGUACCGUUAUUCUGCAGUGAAAUGCAAAAGGACAGUUAAACUGAAGUAAAAAUAAACACAGUUACAAUGAGUGACUCCGUAGAUCCAGUUGAACAGAUGCUAUUGAAAACCGGCUGUAUCAAUCUUCAUUACAAAGUUCAGGAGUGCAUUGCCGAAACCGGAGACUGGCGGAAGUGUCAGGACGUAGUCAAAGAUUUCAAAACCUGCAUGCAAGACUAUACGGAAAAGCAGCGGCAGAAGUACGAAAAAAAACAAUGAUGACCGUGCUUAGGAAAUUAAUAUCAACCGUUGCUGGUCCAACAAAGAUGGUGCUAGUCGUUCGUUCAGAUUUAGGAUUAAGGAAGGGUAAAAUCGCCUCCCAAUGUGCCCACGCUGCCGUUAUGUGCUACAUCCGGUCGGCCAGUGUUAAUCAGGCAAAACUGAACUUGUGGCUAAGCGAUGGACAACCGAAGAUCGUUGUCAAGGUGGAAAGUUUGGAAGAGAUGGAUGAAAUAGCUAGGAGGGCCAGGAGCAAACACGUUGUGGCCGAGAUAGUCAGAGAUGCCGGUAGAACUCAGGUCAGCAGUGGGACGGAGACGGUUUUGGGGCUUGGACCUGAUUCAUGCGAUGUAAUUGAUUCUUUGGCGGGGCAUUUAAAAUUGUUAUAGGAAAUAAAUGAUUUAAUAUUAUU